AUGAAAACUAAAAAACCGAAAACUACAACAGUCGACCCAUUCUACUAUGAUGAGACUUCAUUUUUCACGUUCGAUGAGAGUGGUAUGUAUGACUUGGAUUUUGCCACUGAUGAUUUCUUCGAAAACAUGCUAUUCUACCAGAAAGUACUUCAUACUAUUCACGUAACUUAUGACAUUGUUUCAUGCAUCAGUUUCUUCAUCAAUCUAUUCCAUCUGUUCGUAUUGACUCGCAAGGAGCUGAGAUCCAACUUGGUAUACAUGGUAAUGAUCGGAGUUUGUUUGUGUGACCUCGUACAAUCCCUUGGUACUAUCGUCUUGUGCGCCAUGACAUGGGGUAUAGUAUACAGUAUUGAGCCGUGCUACGAUGGAACCAAAUACUAUCAUGCGGUUGUUGAUGUUUUAGCCAAAACUAGUCAGAUUUUUGGUCGCCGAUGCUCGAGCUUCCUCGCAUUGUAUAUUGCUGCAAUUCGGGCACUAUCUGUCAUGUUCCCUAUGAGCAAUACGAUUGCAGGGCUGAUGACCCCGAACUGCGACGUAUUACAAAAAACGCCGAGCUACGUUCCAUACCAUUAUAUAUCCGGCGAAAAAUGGGAAAUGGAAUAUAUUAUGUUCGAUGGGUACUUGGCGAUUUCAGUUAGCGUUUUGUAUAUCUUGGUGGCCGGUGCUCUAGUUGGAGCGAUUUUGAAAGCGGAGAGAAUACGGAGAAAUGUCAGCGGGGAUAAAUCUACGAACACUUACAAGCUGGUAAUUGUUAUGGCCAUCUCAGUUUUUAUCUCUGAAGCCACUUAUGGGGAUUGUAUUACUUCAAUUAUCACAUUUUCCAAGGAUACGACGAGCAGUAAGGGUUCCUUGUAA